AUGUGGAAUAUCCAGCAGACGAAGGCGACAAUUCAGUCGAUUCUGGACGUGCGGAGGAACCAGAUCAUGGUGCUUGAGGCGAAGGUCGAGAUCUGCAUGCUCGGGCUUGCGGCGGCGACGCUGGUGGCGGGUCUCUGUGGCAUGAACGUGCCGAACUACUGGGAGAAGAAGAGCUGGGCGUUUGGACUGCUGGUCUCGUUCUGUCUGGUCGGGACGGUUGGCAUGCGCCAGUUGCGGCGGGUUCAGAGGGUUAUCGUUUUGCCUGCAUGUUAG